GGCUCUGAUCCAUUGACGCAGACCGUUCGAGGUAAGCUGCAGAACCAGAGGCAAAAGCUCAAUGAGAAGAUUAACAAAGAGCUCCGGAUGAGGGCUGGGGCAGAGAACUUGUACAGAGCUGCAGCGAACAACCGCAAGUUGAGGGACCGAGUGGGAUUAGAGUUGUCGUACUUCAACUCCAACAUCCAGCUACUGAAGGAGCAGCUUUCAGAUAUGAACAGUUCUGUGGAAGUAUAUCAGCACGAGAAUUCUGAAAAUACUUCACCAUUGUUGCCGCUGGGACUAAAAGAGACGAUUCCAGUGAACCUGUCUGUGGCAUUCAAGGAUGCAAUAUUGGAGCACUACAGUGAGGAUGGGGAGAAGUACACUGCAGAAAUCAAAGAGCUUUGUGACUUGAGAGAGGCUGUCCGUACCCCGGAGAGAAGUCAUGCAGGAGUGGAGCUUCUAAUGGAGUACUUUAAUCAACUCAGUUAUGUAGAGAAGAGAUUCUUCUCAGCCAAACGGGCCUUGCCCAUAUACUUUCAGUGGUUUGACUGUUUAUCUGGAGUUCCUGAUACCCAGAAAUCUGUGGGCUUUGAGAAAGGCAGUAUUAUCUUCAACAUUGGUGCUUUGUAUACUCAGAUUGCUUGUAAACAGGACCGAACAACAAAGGAGGGUAUUGUUCAGUGUAUUGUGAACUUUGAGAAAGCUGCAGGGUCAUUCAGGUAUUUGAUAGAGAGGUUCAGCUCCUCCCCCUGUCAAGACAUGCAGCACAAUACGUUGUCAAUGCUGGUCUCCUUAAUGCUGGCGCAGGCACAAGAAUGUGUCCUGGAAGGAAGAUUAAUCGGUGGAAAUAAAGAUGGUAUUGUUAACAGCACCAAGAUUGCACAGGAAUGUGCCAUGGUAUCCUUGAAGUACGGGGAGACUCACAAGAUGAUGAGUGAGGAGCCAAUCAAAUCCUACCUGCCUUUUACCUGGCUGACCAUGAUUGAGGCCAAGCAUCAUUUCUUCAAAGCUCUGGCCCACUAUUAUGUCACUCUGGCUCUGUUGGAUGGGAAAGAAAGUACAGAUUCCGGUGAUGUGAAGGAAACAGUUGAGGCCUCUUAUGCUGAAGUGGUACAGCGAGAUGAAAAUAAUAGCGUAAGACUACCAAACACAGCAGAGGAGAGGAAACAUUUAGGCAAAGCGCACCUUCGAGAGUCAAUAGUCAAUCAUGAGGAGUCAAUACGAAUUCAUGGGUUGUGUAAACAGUUACGGAAAAUUGACCCAUUCAAAGAUAUCCUUGAGAAAACACAUGAGAGGGCAGUCAGCAGAUUUUCCACGCUAGAAGAAGAGGAUGAUUUCUCUGACUUACUCACAGUCCCAGACAUCAUAGCCAAGUCUGAGCAUAACACCACACCAGUAGUCUCCGAUUUGUCCAAAGUCAAAGUUACAGACAUAUUCUGGAAACUGGGUCCAAUCAAAGUCUUCAAUGCUGCAAACGACUGGUCAGCCCCAAGAACAGUGGUGCUGGACAGACAGCCAACUGAGGGCUUUGGCUUCAGUGUCAGAGGAGAUGCUCCAGUGGUCAUUGCUGAUGUAGAGGACAACUCUGUGGCAAUGAGGAGUGGUAUGAAAGUGGAUGAUUACAUUGUUGGGAUCGGAUCUGUGGACACCAAGUGGGCCAAACAUGACCAGGUGGUGAAGCUGGUCAAGCAGGCCAACCUGUCACUGACCCUGGUCCUAGUGACACCGGUUCCCAGAUCUGACACAGCCUCAAGUACACCCACCUCAACUCUCAGUCUUCCAAGAGCACCUUUCGAGGCUGAUCCUCAUAACCAGAAUACACCGACACUUGAACGUAACAAGAAAAAUCAAAACAGAACGAGUGCCCCUUGGAUGUUUAUGCGGCGGAGUUCCAGCAAAGAUAAGAAUGGUGCCCCCAACAGACCGGUCUCAAUGUAUUCUCUCCCAGCAACAAACGGCAGUGCAAAGUUUGCAAGCAAUGGUGAAGUCAAAACUAAUCCACUAAGUAAUGGAGAUGUGGAGUUGUAG